UUGCCCAACCUUUUCUCUCUUCCACACCCUUCUCCCUUUCUAAAGUCUCUGAAGCUACAAAAGGAAAACCCAUCUUUCUAAGGGCUUUAAUUAGCUUAGUUUUUCUCAAUAUAGGACACUUUAACUUGUUAGGAAAGGAACACCAUCUUUCUUAAUUCAAACCUUUUAUACAGUUUGUCCCUAAACUGAAGACAUGGAGAUCACCGAGUUAGCAACUGCAGGGGAAGAGAAGGUUGGAGCUUUCACGCGGUUGUGUGGAUGGCUCAAGGCCUUGCUAGUGAAGUUGAGUACCAAGGUUGUCAAAGUUAUAAAGAGCAUUAUAAAGCUAGGACAAGAUGACCCAAGGAGAGUAACUCACUCUCUAAAAGUGGCUUUGGCUCUUACAUUGGUGUCCAUAUUGUACUAUUGGCAAGCCCUUUUCGAUGGUAUUGGUGUUGCAGGAAUCUGGGCGGUGCUAACCGUGGUAGUAGUGUUUGAAUUCACUGUAGGUGCAACCCUCAGCAAAGGUUUAAAUAGAGGUUUUGCAACAUUCUUGGCUGGUGCUCUUGGCCUUGGAGCUAACCACAUAGCUAGUCUCUUUGGAGUGAAAGGAGAACCCAUUGUGCUUGGGAUCUUUGUCUUCCUACUAGCUACAGCAUCUACAUUCUCACGGUUCUUCCCACGGAUCAAGGCGAGAUAUGACUAUGGGGUGUUGAUAUUCAUACUGACAUUUAGCAUGGUAACCGUCUCGGGGUAUCGUGUUCAAGGGAUCUUGGAGAUGGCACAUGAGAGACUCUUAACAAUUGGAAUAGGUGGAGGAACCUGCAUGAUCAUUUCAGGUUUUGUCUGUCCAGUAUGGGCUGGUGAAGAUCUGCAGAAGCUGAUAGCUUCCAAUAUAGAAAAGCUUGCAAACUACUUAGAAGAUUUUGGGGGUGAAUAUUUUCCAUUACCUAAGAAUGGAAAGUCUGGCAUGGUCUCCAAAAAUAAGGAAUCAUUUCUUCAAGGAUAUAAGAGUGUCCUCAACUCAAAAAGCAGUGAAGAAUCCUUGGUAAAUUUUGCAAGAUGGGAGCCAGGACAUGGUAGUUUUAAAUUUCGCCAUCCAUGGAAGCAGUACUUGAAGAUCGGUGCCCUUGCCAGGCAAUGUGCCUACCAGAUUGAAACUCUAAAUGGUCACAUCAACUCAGAUGUACAAGUACCACCAGAAUUUUUACAGAUAAUUCAAGACUCAUGUAGAACAAUGAGUAUUGAACCUGGAAAAGCCCUAAAAGCGUUAGCCAUAGCAAUCAAAACCAUGAAAGAACCAAAAGAUGCUUGUGAACAUUUGGAGAACUCCAAAACUGCAGUCGAAGACCUCAAAAUUGCACUCAAAGCUGCAUCACUAGAAACUGCUGACAUACUUGCAAUUGUACCAGCUGCAACAGUUGCUUCAAUACUAGUUGAGAUUGUCAAAGGGGUAGAAAACAUUUCUAAGUCAGUUCAUGAGCUUUCUGAACUGGCACACUUCAAAAAAGCUGUGGAGCCCACUGUAUCGCCAGAGAAGCCACCAUUGCUGCACAGGGGAAGCGUUAAUCCUGUACUUUUGGAUGGUGAAGAUGCCCACGUUAUAAUCACCGUAGGUGAAACAAACAUUGGUUUCCAAGAAAAUGAGGUUAAUCCUCAGGCACCAAAAUGCCCAAAACCAAGGGAGGAAAUGUAAAUAUUUCUCACUCUAACAUGUAAUUAAUCUGGGUUGAAAAUACUCAACUUGCAUGCUAUAUAUAUUUUGUUGAGUAUAAUGAUCAACUCGAUCAUGUUCUAAUUUCACAAACUGUGGGAUUAGUAGGGAAAGACAUGUUAGCAAUAUUUCCCCAUUUUAUACUCAAACUUUUGCAACAAGAGUCCUCCCACUAUAUACCUAGUAAAGGCGAAAGAUGAAUAUUUCUCUUCCCUUAGGCUAUGUAUCUGGUGUUCUCCUUUGAAUUGAAUUGAAAAUUUUA